UCUCCCUUGCAUCCGAAGAACAAAGGUUUCUUAUUAUUGAAGGACAAUGUCAUCAAACAGAAGAACAAAAAUAUCAUGUCUUCUUAAAGUAUUUGUUUAUUGCUGUAGGGGGGGCCACGACCCUUUUUUCUCUGUUUGAAUCAGGCCAUGGAAAGGCCUAUAUAAGUAGUAGACCUGUGUGAGAGAAAGAUCUCAAGGGAAGUAAGGAAGCAAAGAAGUAGAGCAGCCUUAACACCCUCUUUCUUUGUUUGUUAGAAGGCAAGAAAAGAAUCCAUUGUUUGCAGGAAGCUCCUUGUAACUUCUUGUUUAGCUCUCACUUCAAAUGUUUUUGGUGGUACUAUAAAUUAAUAAACAUUACUUCGUUCUUUCUUUCAAGAAACACACCUCUUUUUUUGUUUUCUAUUUUCUUUCUUCCCCACCUUUGUUUCGUCUAGAAACUAUCUGUCUGGGGUUUCGUUAUCUUCUGUCAAGCUCUCAAAAACUUGCCUUGGUAAUUCUGACUUUUUAUACUUACGGAGAAGAAUAUUUUCAGAACCAUUAAGAGACCAUCUGUAACCUAAAAGAUGGGAGUUAGUGGCACUUUGGAGUAUUUAUCUGACUUGGUGGGAAGUGGAGGCCAUAAACACAAGAAGAAGAAGCAGUUACAGACUGUUGAGCUUAAGGUCAGGAUGGACUGUGAUGGCUGUGAACUUAAGGUCAAGAAGGCCAUUUCUUCAUUGAGUGGAGUUAAAAAGGUGGAGAUAAACAGAAAACAACAAAGGGUGACUGUUACAGGAUAUGUUGAUUCAAGUAAGGUGUUGAAGAAGGCAAAGUCAACAGGGAAAAAGGCAGAGAUUUGGCCGUAUGUUCCUUACAAUUUAGUGGCUCAACCUUACGCUGUUCAGGCUUAUGACAAGAAGGCUCCUCCUGGUUAUGUCAGGAAUGUAGAAAACACUGUCACCACAGGCACCGUGACCAGAUAUGAGGACCCCUACACCUCCAUGUUCAGUGACGACAACCCAAAUGCUUGCUCUAUCAUGUAACGCAACCGCAAUUAAGAGUACAGCAAAUGUCCCAUCCACCUGCUUCUCCUUCUCCUUCUCACGAGUUUAAAAACCACUGUAAAAUUCCCAUGUAGAGUUUUUCUCAUUUUCAGCUUCGUUCUUGGGGGAUUUUCUUAUUAUGCAGUAAUAAAAUUGUGAGUAGAUUAGUGAGUUGAUGAAUGUCGUCACCCCUUUUGGGUUUUUUGAAUGGUCUCAAUCAAUGUUUUGUAGCUUUGCAGUGAGUGGUUUUUGUUGGGCCUAGACUACUUUAGCAUGGGUUUAGGUAUUUGAUGUUGAAAUGUUGUGGGUGGCCACUUUUUAGCAGUAGCAGCUUCCUUCACUUUA